UUUCUAUUGUAUUUUUUUCUCUUCAUGACCAAACUGCUAUGAUCUGUUUCCUGAACUCUGCUGUGCCAGAACUUGGCCCGGCCCCUUGGACAUGAAUCACUUGGAACUUCUGCAUAUUUGCACUGGGCACCGUGCCCUGCGUUCAGUCCAGCUGCAGGUCACUAAAGCCCAACAGCUCAGUACCGAACAAUGAAGGGGACCAGCAAUGUGCUGACUCCUGUCCCGACCCAUACCGGUCCAGUUACCUUUCAGCACCAGCAUGUAUAAAUAGGUCCGUUCAGUUUGGGGUCAGGACAUCUUUUUUGUGAAGCCCCUGUGAGUGCUGAACAGCUAUUUUUGGGGGGGCAGACAGGUAAAUCUACACAGAAUCCACAGUAGCAUGGCUCUAAAUAAACCCACACCUCUAGGACCAUGGAAGAUCACGGUUUAUGACCAGGAGAACUUCCAGGGCAAGCGCCUGGAGUUCACCUCAGCCUGCCAGAACAUCAUGGAGUGCAGCGUUGACAACAUCCGCUCCCUCAAAGUGGAGUGUGGGGCCUGGGCAGGAUAUGAGCACUCCAGCUUCUGUGGACAGCAGUUUGUGCUGGAGAGAGGAGAGUAUCCUCACUGGGAGUCAUGGAGCGGCAGCAACGCCUACCACAUUGAGCGGAUUAUGUCCUUCCGGCCCAUCUGCUCCGCUAACCACAAGGAGUCCAAGAUGGUGCUAUUUGAGCAGGAGAAUUUCAUGGGUCGCCAGUGGGAGAUAAACGAUGACUACCCCUCCCUGCAGGCUAUGGGCUGGGGCAAUAAUGAGAUCGGAUCCAUGCAAGUUCAGAGCGGAGCCUGGGUGUGCUACCAGUUUCCUGGCUACCGUGGUUACCAAUACAUCAUGGAGUGCGAUCGCCAUGGCGGCGAAUACAAACACUACAGAGAGUGGGGCUCCCAUGCUCAGUCCUUCCAGGUGCAGUCGCUGCGUCGGAUCCAGCAAUGAGGCCCUCAGCCGUCUCUCCCAACCACUUAUUCUUUACCUCCUCCCUCACUUUUCAUGAAGUUUGUUAUGUUGCCAAAUAAAAAGUGCUGAAAGGGGAUUGUAAGGAGAAAAAAACAGACAAUGAAGAGAAGUUCCGAACUGAUGCCCCAUAAGGAAAGAAGAAGAGGGAUUAAAAAUGCCUCACAGUGGCAGCAGAGCAGUGGAGUCCCUCUGGCAUUGCAGAGUAAUUUCACAUGUUUUUGGGUAACUAUGGUGAUGCUGUGAUGAAUAAAGAAGGAAUGGGCAACUUAAAAUAAACACAAACUAAAAGCA